GGGCCGGCUCGUGUGGUCGAAGUUUCUGGUGAUAGUCCCGGUGCCAACACUCGGGCAAAGGAAAGUAACCGUUUCUCCUACUCAGCCCAGCGCCUCUGGAGCCCGGGCACGAGGAGGAAAGCUCCAAGCCCUCCGGCCGCAUUGUGCGGCAACUAUCGGAUACCCCCCCCCCCUCUCUUAUCCAUAUGUUCUUGUUGUGUCAUUAUUUCUGGAAGGCUCUGGGUAAGGAAUAGUUUCAUGUUUUUGCCCGUUUCCCCCGCAUCACCCGAGUGACGAUGGAGGGCAGGGAGUGUGCAGCAGAAGCCAGCGGAUCUCCCCCUCGGACCACCGAGAACAAGGAGAACAGCAGGGAAGCUUGUGACUCGAAGCAGGAAAGCAUUAUUGGGGGCAAUGAGGUGAAAAGCACAGCAGUGGUAAAAUACUCCGCUGCCCCACCUCCUGCAGCUUAUGCUCGACUUCAAGAGAAAACAGACCUUAAAUUGCCACCUGCAAAUUGGUUGCGUGGGAUUAGUCAGCUUGGACAGAUGGGUGCAACCUGUCUUGGAACGAGCAAAAAGAGCAAACCAUUUUCCAGCUUUGGAAUGGCAUAUGACUUCAUUGACUGCAUUGGGAAUGAUGUUGACGUUGUUUCUGAUUCUGAGAACAUAAAGAAGUUGCUGAAGAUACCAUAUAGUAAAUCACAUGUCAGCAUGGGUGUUCAUCGUGUUGGAAGGACCCUCCUACUUGAUGAAUUAGAUAUUCAGGAACUCUUUGUGACCUCGUCCCAAACAGGAGAUUGGAAUUGGUUAAAGGAAUUGUACCAAAGACUUGUGGAUCCAAAAUGGCAAAGAAAAAAGAAGAGCAAAGAGCAGUUUUACCAGAAAGCUAUUCUUUCCAAAUUUCUGUACUAUAGCAUCAAUGGAGAUUGUGGAGCAGAACCAGUUCCAACUCCUAUAGCACAACCUGCUGACACACAGCCUCAGGAAAACCCAGUAGCAGUAGAGGAAUCCUCUUGGCCUGCACCUCUGAGAACCCCUGCUUCUGUCCCUGAAGAUGGAAAUCCUCAGGAACAGGGGAAUGUUCCUCUGGAAGCCACAUAUGUAUUAGAGCAGGUGGCCUCUACCCCGAAAGAACAAAACCUGACUACUUUUUUGAAUGAAGGGGAAAACAGUCAGGGGCUUAAAAAUGAUUUUGUCAGGAAUAUUCUUUGGACUUUUGAAGAUAUUCAUAUGCUUGUGGGUUCAAAUAUGCCUAUUUUUGGUGGAGGAAAAUAUCCAGCUGUAAGCUUAAGACUCAGAGAUAGCAACAAACCAAUUAACAUAUUGACAGGGAUUGACUAUUGGCUAGACAAUCUAAUGUGCAAUGUUCCAGAACUUGUCAUGUGCUUUCACGUUAAUGGGAUUGUACAGAGAUAUGAAAUGAUAAAGACAGAAGACAUUCCUAAUUUGGAUAAUUCCAGUUUCUCCACAAAAGUGGUAAAGGAUAUUGCUCAGAAUAUUCUUUCAUUUCUAAAGGCAAACUGUACUAAAGAAGGACAUACAUAUUGGCUUUUUAAAGCAAGUGGUAGUGAUAUUGUAAAGCUCUAUGACCUGACGACACUUUGCGAAGAAACAACUGAAGAUAAAUACCAAAACCCUUUCACGAUGCCUGUUGCUGUCUUACUGUACAAGGUUGCUAGCAACAUGAUGAUGAAGAAAGUUCAGAAUAGGAAACAUUAUGGGAUCAUAAGGACCCUGUUGUUAAAUUGUAUUAAAUUGCUGGACAAAGAAAGGCAUCCCCAGUUUGUGCAGAUUAUUGCUUCAGCCAACUACAUGAUCUCAGAACUUUUCCAACUAGAUGAACCACCAAAACCAGAUGAAAACGGAUCAAAUCUGAAUGAGAAUUCUGAUAGUUAUAGUGAAGAUGAGGAUCUUCCAGAGGACAGUGAUGAAAAUGGCUCUUUCAGCAAUGGCUCUGAUCCUUCAGACGAUAGCAAAGCUGUUGCUGUCAUUAAAUCUGUUGGCGAGUUGUCUGUACCUGAAAAGUAUAAGUCGAUACACCAGAUAAGGCCCAGCUGUACUUUUCCAGUUUGUCAUGAUACAGAGGAGCGAUGUAGAGUUGUUCUCAAUUACGUUCUUGAGGGGCUGAAGGCUGUUGAUGGGAGUAUUAAAAAGGAGAGCGAUCUCCCAGCUGCUGACCCCAGUAUUCCAAUACCUCUGAAGUAUGCGGAUGAAUCUGAAUGCACAGGUCAAAAAACCCUUAAGAAACAAAUCGCUCUAUUUUUAGAUAAAGUGGGCCCAGCUCAUAAAACAGUAAAGCUUCCCAGUCAAUCUGGGAUGAUACCAGAUACAUGGCAAUAUCAAAUGAAAUUGAAUCUAAUCUUUAAAGCUUCAAGAGCCUACUUUGUUCUCUCGGAUGCAGCUACUACUCUGCAAAAGUAUGGUAGAGCGUUAAGAUAUAUUAAACUUGCUUUACAAUCUCUUGAUGCCUAUUGCUGCCUUAUCAACAAUUUGUCACCUGAAGUCCUGUUCUUUCUUAGUCAAUGUUUGACACUUAAUGGUGACAUUCAGUUAAUGUUAGCUCAAAAUGCCUGUAAUAGGGCAGCUUAUCAAGAGGAAUAUAACUACCAAACAAGAGAGGAUCAAGAAAUUUUGCAUAGCCUCUACAGAGAGUCCAGUUGCCAAGCUUUCAGCUGGGCUACAGAACUUUAUAUGGAUUUAGAAUACCAACUUUCAGUUAGCUGCAAAUGUUACGAGGCAGCAAAUGAAUUGCUACGUUCCUGUGAUCAGAACGUUCAUGUAAUAGAGCAACAAACGCAAGUGUUAAAAAGAUUAGGCAACAGCAGAAAUGAGGUUGGAGUUUUCUACAUGAACCAGGCUGCUGCUGUGCAGACUGAGGGAUCAGCAAGCAAAGGCAUAACAAUGGUAGAACAAGAACUAUGGAAGAAAAGCUUUUCUUACUUUGAAAAGGGUAUUCAAGACUUUGAGACCAUAGAAGAUGAAACUAAUGCCGCCUUAUUGCUUUGCAACACUGGAAGAUUGAUGAGACUUUGUGCUCAGGCACAUGCCACAACUGGGAGUGAUUUGAAAAGAGGAGAAUUUUCUCCUGAGGAAGCCAUGUAUUAUAACAAGGCUGUGGAUUACUAUCUAAAGGCAAUGAGAUCACUUACCAGAUGGGAGAAACAUCCAGCUGUUUGGGAUUCUGUGAAAUGGGAGCUAUCAACAACCUAUUUUACUAUGGCAACAUUGGAACAAGAUUAUGCUCCAUUAUCAAGAAAAGCUCAGGAACAGAUUGAGCGAGAAGUUGCUGAUUCUAUGAUGAAAUCUCUUAAGUACUGUGACAUACAUACAGAAUCUGCAAGACAACCCUUGUGUCAGUAUCGGGCUGCGACAAUUCACCAUAGACUUGCCUCCAUGUAUCAUAAUUCUCUUAGAAACCAGGUUGGUGAUGACCAUUUUCGUAAGCAGCACCGCAGCUUGGCUGAUCUCCACUACAAUAAGGCUGUGAAAUUAUUUCAGUUGCUGAAAGAUGCACCUUGUGAGCUGCUGCGAGUUCAGUUAGAACGGGUUGCAUUUUCAGAGUUUCAGAUGGCAAAUCAGAGCAGCAAUGCAUCCAAACUGAAGACACUUUCAGGAGCCCUGGAUAUAAUCGUCAAUUCAGAGUGUUCGUUUCAGCUUAUCCAGAGUGAACUUUCAUGUGCCCAAGCACUGCUAGAAAAUUGUCAAGCACGUCAUGACAUGUCUGAAAAUGAUUCCUCCAGCCUUAAUGAAGAAGAGAUCAUAAACCUUGUGAACAUGUUUGAAGCUCGACUUUCUUUUCUGUUGUUUCAACUUAUCAAACUACUGACCUCAAAAAGGAAAAGCAGUGGUGUUAGUGAUGAUCGAAUAAUAUUGAAAAACUACAAGCAUGCUUAUUCAACAUUGCUGCGGGCAACAGCAGAUAAGGACGUGCCUCUAAUACAGAGAGUGGAGGUGAUACUGAGCUUACUAAAACAAUUAUCAUCUAGAUCAUCAGUUGAUGAAACUGGAUCUGUGUGACCACCAGGUGUCCUUCCACUGUUGUACUGAAAGCACUGUUAUAAAAUUUGAGUUUAUUUUUGAUGACUAAGGUCAUUUUUGAACUGUGACAGUUAAAGUAACCUGUUCAAAGGUAAAUUGGCCAGCUUCACAUGGGCUUUUAUCACUUAUGAAUACAUAAGUCUUAAAUCAUUUGAAGUUAUCAGUGUGGACAUUACUUCAACAAUUAAUAAUUAGCACCAAUUAAAAGUGAGUUCUUUGAAGCAAUAAUUUAACAAUGAAUUGUCAUAGUGAGACAUAAAGACUAAGAAAUUCCCAGAUUCAAGCCCUAUGCUGAAUAAUCUACUUGCAGCCAAGCCAGAAGUAAAGGUGCUGCAGCUUUAGCAUCCCUGAGCUAAGGAGGAGGAGGAAAAAAUUAUUCAUUGCCCCUGCUUCUGAUAGCUUUUCAGUUACCCUCACUAGAAAGGGAAUAUGUGCAGUGUCUGGUGACAGCAGUGGUACCUUCAGAUUUGAAUAGUUUCUUGAAAUACUCUACCUCAGCUUGAAUAAUGGCUACUUGAUGAGGAACUGAGGGAAUCUGUACCUCAGCAUGGGUCACUGCUAUCAACAGAAAAGGAGAAAAUUGAUAACCAAAAUAAACUUUCGUUUAAACUGGUAAUGAUAUUGUUCUUUAAAUUUUGUGAAUUACAAUAUGUAUGCAAAUUGCAUUCAAAGUUUUGUCAGUGAAUUGCUGUGUGAAAUACUUUUGUAUUGUGUACAUUGCAAGUAUGGGCAAUAUGAAUGACACUUUUUAGAUUAACGUGAUUAGUGAAUGAAAAAGAUGCAGUAAUUGAUCUAUUUUAAUGUCCUUGCUAAACAGCCCAUCAUGAGUUGGGAUUUGGAGUUGCAUUUUAGUUAUUUAUUAAACAGAAUAUUCAUAUAUGAAUAGGUGAGCCAGCAUUUUUCCCUUGUUUGCAAUGGAUGAAUAGUAAAAAUUCUCUUGUCUUUAAACUCAUCUGUCUAUGAGCAACUGUUGAGUGAAUGUUAUGGAGCUAGUUUCAAAGUAAAAAAUAAACUAGAUCUUUGAAAAUCUAUGACCUUGACCAGCUAGUCAGCCAUCAGGGUUUUUUUCAUUAUUCUUAAAAUGUGGGCAUCGCUGGGAAAUUCGUCAUUUAUUGUGUAUCCGUAGUUGCCCAUGAGAAGGCAAUGGUGGGGUGCCUUCUUGCCAUCUGCAGUUGGUGUGGUGAAGCUGCUUCCACAAUAAUAUUAACUAGGUUUUUGAUCCAGCAACAGUGAAGGAAUGGGAAUAUAUGUCCAUGUCAGGAUAAUGUAUGACCUGGCAGGCAACUUGGAGGUGAUACUUCUGUGCACUUGAUGUCCUUGUCCUUCUAGUUGGUGGUCAUCAGUUUUGGGAGAUUAGAGAAGAAUGCUUGGUGAUUUGCUGCAGUGCAUCCUGUAGAUAGUACAUGCUGAAUUCUGGAAGUGGAGAUGGGUGUAUAUUUGUGAUAGUGGAUGAAAGUGGAAUUUGUCCAAGUUGAUGUCAAGAUCUGUUGCAUCUAUAUCUAUGCAGGCGAGUGGACAGUGAAUUGUACCUCUAGUUGUGAGGAGGUUUUAGGAAGUCAGGAGGUGAAUCACUUAUUGUAGAAAACCCAGCCCUAAGCUGCUCAAUUAGGCAUGUUGUUAAUGUGGAUGGUGCAAUUGAGUUUUUGUUAUACGAUGAUCCCCAGGAUGUAGAUAGUGGAGAACUUGACAGUGGUAACAUCAUUCAAUGUCAUGAGGUGGUGGUGAGGCUCACCCUUGUUGAAAUGGUCAUUGCCUGGCACUUUUAUGAGACUAAAAUUACUUGUCAUUCAUCAGCCCAAGCCCUGAAUGUUUUGCUGCAUGUAGGUAGGCAAAGGCUACUUUGACGUUCAAGCAAUCCACUUAUGGAAGGCAGGAAUUAUAAGAAUAUUUUCAAGGUGCACAUUUUUCAUGUUUAUUACUACUAUUGCUAAUUUAGUGAAAGGAACAUGCAGGUAACACAUUCAAUUUGGACAAUAUUUUAAAAAUUGUUUAGCUUAUUUUACUGUUGCAAAUGAUAGGAAAACAUAUUCGUGUUAUACAUGAUAAUAUCCUUUCAUUGGUCAGUAGUAUCUGCAGUUCCACAAGAAACAGAUUGCGUUUUAAUAAAGAGAAUUCAAUAGUAUGAGUUCAAGCCUUUCAAGAUUUACAGUGUGUAUAUUGUAUAAUGGAAUUGCAGGAUUUUUGCUAACAACUUAUAAAGUUUGUAACUAUAAUUGUGUGUAUAUUUUGAAACUAAGUGUGCAACGUUCUCCAGGUAAAUUGGAAAGCAAAAGUUGUACUAAAAAUCAGGGUUCAAUUUAGCAGUUGGUUCACGUACUGUAAGUUUAAAAUGUGCGUGCAGAAUGGAAAAUAUAUAAGCACAUGUGCAGGAUCUGGCUCUAGUGUGUCUGUCUGAUAACUGGUGCCUGAAUGAGGAUUCUGACAGUUCUAUUUAGGUCAAGUUUUAUCCCCUUGUCUUUCUGUGAAGUUUUGUGUAUGUGUUUUGGGUUCAAUGAGAGAAAUUUGUUUAGAGAAAACAGUUUAUGAAUCCACCUAAGAUUUGUCAGGUUUCAAAAAAAAAAUGUUAAGUGGAAGACAGAACUCAAAAAAACUUAGCUUUCACAGGAUAAAGGGAGCCUUAUUUAAAUAUUGUAAGUUAAAUUAAGUUGGAUAUUUUAUUUAUAGUUUACUACAAAAAUAUUUCAAGAUCUGAAAUCUGAUUUCUUGUGACUUUUAUAAUUGACAGUCUGAUUUUUCACAAUUCCUGUUCAAAAGAGAAAUAUCUAUAUCUGAAGGCUCUGCAGAGUUUGUUCAGAAAUACAUUACAUUUUCUUUGGAAGAAUGUUCCUCCUGCUGCCAACAGACAAAAACUAAUACCAUGUGAAAUUUUUAAAAAUAUAUUUAAUAAAAAUAUG